AUACACAAUGAGCCUCUGGACACUUGGACCAGUUGGACUUGGUCUGGUGUAGUCUGUUAAGGUCUGUUAUUAAAGUUCAGUCUUGUCGCCGGCAAAUGGUGGUCAACUCGUUCACUUGUGCAGUUCAAGGUUAGAAAAAGACAAGAAAAAAAAACAUUUAUAAAUAAAAAAAAAAAAAAAAUACACUCAGUGAUUGUUUUGUUGUUGAUUAUUUAAAUGAACUUUCUAAAUGUUUAUCAUAUUAAAUAAUAGCUUUAAAUGUUUAUAAAAUAAUGGUUAAUAUAUUUUUACAAAUGAAGCUGGACUAUUUUUGUAAAUUGACAUUUAGAAAUAUAUGUGAAUAAUUUUUUGGAAUAAAUUAUUUUUAAUAAAAGACUGAAUCAUGGAUGCCAAGGAAGAAAUUGAAAAGAAAGAAAAUCCAAGAAAAUAUGCUAAUUGUUUGAGUGCUCUUACAUUUACGUGGUUGUUGAGGACAUUUUGGAUUGGUUACAAAAGAGAUUUGGAAUUAUUUGAUCUUCCAAAACCCUUGAAGGAACAUAAGAGUAGUAAUCUUGGUGAUAAAUUAUCAAAAGCAUGGAAUGAUCAAUUAGGAAAUUAUAAUUUUAAUAAUAAAGAUAAAAUUGAAGGAAAAAAAAAGCCAAGUUUAACUAAAGCACUUGUUAAAGUAUUUGGUCUUGAAACAGCACUUUAUGGAAUUAUUUUAGCUAUCAUGGAAAUUCCAAUUGGUGUCAUUCAACCAAUGGCAGUUGGAGAGCUCAUUAGAUAUUUUUCAAAUGCACCUGAACACAGUAAAAUAAGUAUAAAUAGAGCUUAUGCUUCUGCAGGAAUAAUAAUAUUUUGUUCGGCAUUACGGUUGUUUGCAAUUCAUCCAUAUUUAAUGGCAACAACACAUGUUGGAAUGAAAAUACGUGUUGCCUGUUGUUCAUUGGCAUAUAGAAAAUCUCUUAAAUUAUCUCGUACAGCACUUGGUGAACAAUCAAUUGGACAAGCUGUUAAUCUUCUUUCCAACGAUGUCAGCAGAUUUGAUAAUGGAGUUAUAUUUUUACAUUAUCUUUGGAUUGGUCCUCUUCAAACAAUGAUUGUUACAUACUUCAUGUUUCGUGAAGUUGGUUGGUCAGCUAUCAUUGGAAUUGGUGCAUUACUUAUGUUUAUUCCUCUUCAAGGAUGGCUUGGUAAACGUUCGUCAAUUUUACGUCUUGAAACUGCUAUUAGAACUGAUGAACGUGUUAGACUUACCAAUGAAAUUAUCAAUGGUAUACAAGCUAUUAAAAUGUAUACAUGGGAAAGACCAUUUAGUGCUUUAAUGGAAAAAGCUAGAAAAAUUGAAAUAAGUGUUAUUCGAUCAAUGUCAUAUCUUCGAGGCAUUUCAAUGUCAUUUAUUAUGCUCACAACAAGACUAGCACUUUUUAUUACUAUUCUUUCAAUUAUAUUUUUAAGAAAAUCAGAUGAAAAUAGUAAUCAAGAUGGAAUUACUGUUCAAAUAGUAUUUAUGUUGGCUGCUUAUUAUACUGUUCUUCGUACACCAAUGACUGUAUUUUUUCCUCUUGGAAUUGUAUUAACAGCAGAAGCUGUUGUUUCAAUAAGGCGAUUACAAAAUUUUAUGUUGUAUGAAGAAAUAAGUACCGAAAAAUCUAUUGAAACUUUUGAAAAUAAUUCUCACCAAGAUAAUAAAAAUGUUGAAAAAACAGAAGACAAAAAAGUAGAUAAUUCUGUUGAAAAUAAAGAUGGUGGUAUUGUGCUAGAAGGUGUGUAUGCAAAAUGGUUAAAGAAUGGAACUGAUGAUACACUUACUAAUAUUAAUAUGAAAGUUAAACCAGGACAAUUAGUUGCAAUUGUUGGACAAGUCGGAUCUGGAAAAUCAAGUUUAUUAAAUGUAAUUCUCAGAGAGCUUGAAACAUAUAAUGGAAGUGUCGAUGUACAUGGUGUUACUGCAUAUGCAUCUCAAGAACCCUGGCUAUUUGCUGGAUCAGUACGAACAAAUAUUCUCUUUGGCAAAAAAAUGGAUGAGAAAAGAUACGAGCAAGUUGUAAAAGUUUGUCAAUUGAAACGUGAUUUUCGUUUAUUUCCUUAUGGUGAUAAAACACUUGUUGGUGAACGUGGUGUAAGCUUGUCAGGUGGUCAACGAGCAAGAAUUAAUCUUGCACGAGCUGUAUAUGCUGAUUCACCAAUAUAUUUAUUUGAUGAUCCACUUAGUGCAGUUGAUGCUCAUGUUGGCAAACACAUGUUUGAAGAAUGCAUUGAAAGAUACUUGAAAGGUAAAACGAGAAUUCUCGUAACACAUCAAGUACAAUUUUUAGACAAUGUUGAAAAAAUAAUUGUCCUAAAAGAUGGUGCGAUUCAAGCUGAAGGAAGUUACAAAGAAUUGAUAGCUCAAGGAGUUGAUUUUGGAAGAUUGUUGGAAACUCCAGCUGAAGAAGAUGAUUCUACUAUUUCACCAAGUAUCAGUGCAGCUAAUUCUCGACACUCAAGUAUUGCUUCAAAGCGUUCAUUAAAAAUAAGUACAACAAUAGAAAAUGAACCAGAAGAAAUUGCAGAAUUAAGAACAAAAGGAAAAAUUGGUGCUAAAACUUAUUUAGCAUAUUUUAAAGCUGGUGGUAAUUGUUUAAUAUUUUCAGUAAUGUUUCUUUGUAUUGCUACACAAAUAUUUAUUAGUGGAGGUGAUUAUUUUAUAAAUGACUGGGUCAAUGUAGAAGAAUCAAAUUCAUCAGGAAUAUAUUUACAAGUUUUUGUAAGAAUACUGAUACCUGCUGAUUGGUGUAAAUAUAUUUAUACAAUAAUUAUGGCAUGUACAACUGUUGUAACUCUUGUUCGAUCUUUUGCAUACUAUGCUGCUUGUAUGAAAGCAUCUAGAAGACUUCAUGAUCGUAUGUUUGGAAGUAUUAGUCGAGCAACAAUGAGAUUUUUUAAUACAAAUACCUCAGGAAGAAUAUUAAAUAGAUUUUCUAAGGAUAUGGGAUCAAUUGAUGAAUUAUUACCAAUGGCUUUAUUUGAUUGUAUUCAAAUUGGUUUACAAUUACUUGGAAUAAUUAUUGUAGUUGCAAUAACUAAACCUAUAUUGUUGAUACCUACUUGUAUCAUCGGAAUUAUUUUUUAUUAUUUAAGAAUAUUUUAUUUACCUACUUCACGAAGUGUUAAAAGACUUGAGGGAAUUUCAAGGUCACCAGUCUAUAAUCAUCUGAGUGCCACACUACAAGGACUCGCUACAAUUAGAUCUUUCAAAGCUAGUAAAAUUUUAACUGAAGAAUUUGAUAAUCAUCAAGAUCUUCAUUCAUCAGCUUGGUAUAUUUUUAUAACUUCAUCAACUGCAUUUGGUCUUUGGCUUGAUAUUUUUGCUGUGUUGUAUAUUGGCAUCGUAACAAUGAGCUAUUUGAUAUUUCCGGGAAAUGACACUUUAACAAAUGGAGGAAAUGCUGGUCUUGCAAUCACACAAGUAAUUGGAAUCACAGGAAUGUUUCAAUGGGCAAUGCGACAAAGUGCAGAACUUGAGAAUCAAAUGACAUCAGUUGAACGAGUUUGUGAGUAUACUAAUCUUGAAAGUGAACCACCACUUGAAAGUUUACCAGAAAAAAAACCAAAACAAGACUGGCCUGCCCAUGGAAAAAUUGAAUUCAAAAAUGUUUACUUGUCUUAUGGUCCUGAUGAAGCACCAGUAUUGAAAAAUUUAAGUUUUACAAUAAAUGAAAGAGAAAAAAUUGGAAUAGUUGGUAGAACUGGUGCUGGUAAAUCUUCUCUUAUAUCUGCACUUUUUAGAUUUGCUAAUUUAAAGGGAAAAAUUGAAAUUGAUGGAGUAGAAACUGGUGAGAUUGGUUUACAUGAUCUCAGAUCAAAAAUAUCAAUAAUUCCACAAGAACCAUUUUUAUUUUCUGGUACGUUACGAGAAAAUUUGGAUCCAUUUGAGUCAUUUGGUGAUGAUGUACUUUGGGCAGCUCUUGAAGAUGUUGAAUUAAAAGAUAUGGGUCUAACUGCUCAUGUCAAUGAUGGUGGAAGUAAUUUGAGUGUUGGUGAACGACAGCUUGUUUGUCUUGCUCGAGCAAUUGUUAGAAAUAAUAAAAUUUUAAUUCUCGAUGAAGCCACUGCCAAUGUUGAUUCAGGAACAGAUGAACUUAUUCAAAAAACAAUUCGUCAAAAAUUUGCAAAUUGUACUGUACUUACAAUUGCUCACAGAUUAAAUACUGUUAUGGAUAGUGAUAAAAUACUUGUUGUUGAUGCUGGCUCAGUUUUGGAAUUUGACCAGCCACAUUUACUUCUCCAAAAUCCAGAUGGUGCACUAUCAAGUAUGAUUAAAGAAACAGGCAAAAACAUGGCAGAUUCUUUGAUUGCCAUAGCCAAAGAAACUUAUGAGCUUCGUCAACAAUCAUCAACAACACAUUUAUAAAUAGAACAAUUGAUAGUAUAAUUUUUUUUUAUAUAUAUAUUCGAAUAUUUUAAAGUGCCUUAAAAUAAUAGAUCACAAUUUUUUAUAAUAUAUAAAGUUAAAAAAAAUUUAUUUCAUAAUUAAUUUGUGCAAACAAAUUUAGCUUGCUUCAAUACUCUAAUACGUAUGCCACAAGUGCCUUCAUUUAUUUUUUUUGUAUUGUUAUUUUUUGUAAUUUAUAAUACUAAAAUUCAAGUGUCACAAAUAGUGUUACUUAUACUAUGUUCGUUAACUAUUGUUAUUAUCUUUUGUAAAAAAAAAAAAAUUAAUCUUAAUUGCGUACCAAAAGUUGAUUCAUUUAUCUAUAAUAAAAUUAAUGAUGUAUACAACACAUUAAUUGUAAUUAACAAUAAGGGUGCUUUAUCAAAUCAACUAUUCACAUUGAUUUGUAGGUCUUUUGUAAAUGUAUAUUGUUUUGUAAUCGUACUUAUCUAAUUAUUGUUAUCAAAUAGUACUUUUUUUCGAAUUUAUAAGUAUUUUUGUAAUGAAAACUAAAAAAAUUAAAUAAUUGUUUAAUCCUA